AUGUUUCGCUUUCGCCGGUAUCGAGUCUACCUGAUCUUCUCUAUCAUAUCAAUCCUCGCCAUCAUCCAUUUCUCUGGACUGUCGUCGUCGUCUUCCUAUGCGCCGUCUGUUCCUGUCCUGAAGCCCGGACGGCCUCAGUCUCAGCCGGGACAACCACAGCCGCCGGCUAGAGGCGAGGAGAAGCAACAGAAGCCUAUACCACCGCCGGCACCGCCGAAACCUGAGAAUGGGCAGGGUUUACUGCCUGGUGCAAAGGCUGUUACAUCUACCGUCGUGAAUGCUGCGAAAGAAACACCACCGGCGGCCAUACCUCUGCCUUCUCCGGUAGACGACAUACCGAACAGCCAGAUCAUCGAGCCAGAAGGGAAAGGAAGACAGGAAGUCGAAGAAGAGGAGGAGGAGGAGGACAAGGGAGAAUCGAACCGUGCAAGAUGGGAAAAGCAGCCAGAACACUUCCCCGUCGCCUCGACCGAUGUUAUCCCACUGCCUACCGGCACACCGAAGAAGCUUCCCAAGAUCCAAUUCGAUUUCCCUGCCGAAUCUGCCCAGGCGAAAGAGUCUCGAGAGCAGAGGCUAACUCAGAUCAAGAGCUCGUUGAAACAUUCAUGGGACGGAUAUAGGAAGCGUGCAUGGACUCACGAUGAAGUGCGACCACAGUCUGGUGGCUUCCGGGAUCCCUUCAUGGGCUGGGGUGCUACGCUGGUCGAUUCUCUCGACACGCUUUGGAUUGCUGGCAUGAAGGAGGAGUUUGAAGAGGCUGUCCGAGCUGUUGGAAAGAUCGACUUCAAGACCAGCAAGAGGAACGAUAUCCCCUUGUUCGAAACCGUUAUUCGCUACCUUGGUGGCCUCAUUGGUGCAUACGACAUUUCAGACGGACAGUACAGGACUCUCCUUGACAAGGCUAUCGAACUGGCUGAGAUUCUGAUGGGGGCGUUUGAUACGCCAAACAGGAUGCCGGUUACCUACUACAUGUGGGCUCCUCAAUUUGCAUCGCAGAGACACCGCUCGGGCACCAGGGUUGUGCUGGCUGAACUCGGCUCUCUGUCUGUCGAGUUCACCAGACUGGCUCAGAUCACGGAGAACAACCGCUACUAUGAUGCGAUAGCCCGUAUCACAAACGCCCUUGAGAAAUGGCAACCUGAUACAAGCAUCCCUGGCCUCUGGCCUUCAUUCCUUGACGCUUCAGGGUGUAAAGAAGUCAAGAAGAACAAGAAGAACAAGAAUAAGAAACCGGUAGAGCAAAGCCCGGACUCUCCCAGGUCUAUCCCACAAGCCAACGGCCACCAAAAGCGAGACAAGUCCGAACCGGAUGGAGAGUCUUUGCUUCCAGGCGAGGAGCCAGCGAAUUACGGAGGUGGUGCCUCUCUUCCCAGCAUCAACACAGCACCUCCUUCGAAGCUAAACAUGCCUAGCAAGCCUGCUCAACACCAAGACGCUGGGUUUGACGGUGACUGCGAGGACCAAGGCCUCACGUAUCCGCCAGGGGUACUUAGUGCAACCUACACUUUAGCCAGUCUUGCAGAUUCAACGUACGAAUACCUUCCAAAGACCUAUGCGCUCCUUGGUGGCCUAAACGAGCAGUAUAAAAACAUGUACAAGCAAGCCAGGGAUGCGACUAUGAAGUAUGUUGCUUUCCGGCCAAUGCUUCCAGAUUCAAAAGAUAUCCUUUUCAUCGCCGACGUCACAACUUCUCUCAUGGAAGGUGAUGACAGCGAUUUCAGGUACAACUAUCACCCGUCCCACCUUGGCUGCUUUGUUGGCGGUAUGUUCGGGGUCGGCUCCAAGCUCUUUGGCCUUGACCAAGAUCUUGAAAUUGCGGCGAAGAUGGCUGACGCUUGUGUUUGGGCUUAUAACGCUACAACCUCGCAUAUCAUGCCUGAGGGCUUUACAGUCCUCCCAUGCAAGGAUAUCAAAGAAUGUGAGUGGAAUCAAACUGCGUACAAUCAUGCUGUUUACCCCUAUACCGUCAAUAAAUCCGGCAAAGAGUCCCUUACGGUGAGAAAGGGAGGCAAAAAAGCUGGGAUCAACCCAACUGCCACACAUAGACCGGAGGCGCUCCCAACGGCACCUUAUCCAGACAAACAGAAGAUGGGCCGACAUCAGAAGAUGCAGUCUCCCACUGGAGCCGGAGGCAUUAUUGCAAAACGAAUGGACGCAGCCGAAACACCUAUCCCUGACCGAAUCGUCGCGGAUCUGUCCAAGCCAGUUCCGGGUGGAGCAGCAGUAGCUACCUCUACCGCCAUGUCACACGCACAGCUUGCAGACAUGCAUAUCAGGGACGAGCGUAUUCCCCCCGGUAUGACGAAAAUAACCUCGUCAAAGUAUAUCCUUCGACCCGAAGCCAUCGAGUCGGUAUUCAUCAUGUACCGCAUCACAGGUGAUGAGGCCUGGCGAGAAAAGGGCUGGGACAUGUUCAAAGCCAUCGAGCGUGCCACAAAGACGCAGUUUGGUAGCUCCGCCAUAGACGAUGUCACCAGCAACGAGCCCAUUUUCCAGGACGAGAUGGAAUCCUUCUGGCUCGGUGAAACGCUGAAGUAUUUCUAUCUCCUCUUCAGCGACCCUGAUGUGGUUAGUUUAGACGACUAUGUCCUGUAA